AGUUAAGACUGAUCCUUCUGCUUUUUUUCAUAUUUUAUUACAUCACACACCGACACCACCUAUUUUUCUAUUGCAUCACACGCUAACCACAGACCGAUCCUUCUCCUUUUUCAUAUUUUAUUGUCAUUUUCACCAUCCCUGUUAAGACUAUUCCCAAGUUGUGACCAUCAAUAUAAAUACAUACUCCUGCUUCUAGCAAAUUCUAUCAUAAACUUAUUGAGAGUUAAGUUGAGACUUGAAUAUUAAAAUGAAGCCUCUCUUCACCAUGCUGCUAUUUUGUUCCCUUCUUCUAUGCUCCUCUUUCUUGGAGCAAUCCAUUGCAUAUGAAGACUCAUCUUAUUGCACCAACAAGUGUUCAGACAGAUGCUCUAAAGCAGCUGUUCAAGAUAGGUGUCUGAAAUACUGUGGAAUAUGUUGCGGAGAGUGCAAAUGUGUUCCUUCUGGAACUUAUGGGAACAAGCAUGAAUGUCCUUGCUACAGAGACAAGGUUAACAAAAAGGGCAAGCCUAAAUGCCCUUAAUUUACUGUUUUGUUUUAGGAGCUCACUGAGUCUGAGGUUGUUAGUGUUUUUGUGUAAGGCAUGUUUCAGUAUGUAUGUUGGAUUACUGUUAGUUAUUUCAGUUUUCU